AUGGACAGUGGGGAUGCUGUCCCUUACCAAAGGCUGUCUGCUGUAGCGACCAAGUCCACUGCUGUCCUGAGGGAACAACUUGUACAGGUAGACGUUGAGAAGACCCCCUGUCCUGGAGGUAAACAGGAAUGUCCCACAAACUACACCUGCUGCCAGAGAGGAGCCACGCCCUACACCUGGGGGUGCUGUGACCUCCCCACUGCUGAAUGUUGUCCAGAUCGUAAGACCUGCUGUCCUAAAGGCUACCACUGUGACCCGAGCCGAGCAACGUGCUACAAGAGCGGAAGUGACGAAAUUGUUGUGGCCAAACAACUCACCAUCCCUGAUACUGAACAAUCUCAGGUGUCAAAUAUAAAGUGCGGCAGUAGUAACUCCACAUGUGGGGACAGUGAGACCUGCUGUAAGAUGGCCAGUGGGCAGUGGGGAUGCUGCCCUAUGCCUAAGGCUGUGUGCUGUCAGGACCACCUGCACUGCUGUCCCCGCGGCUACACCUGCGACAUGCCGACCAGCACCUGUAUCCGUGGCAACGACAUUCUCCCCAUGGCCCAGAAAAGACCCGCAGACGUCUUCACUAAAUCUUAG